AUGACACCGGCGGAUAUCACGAAGGACGCGGAGAAGAUGGAGCAGACGUACAAGGAGGCGCUUCGCGUGUACAAGAUGCAGGUAGACGAGAUACUGACGCAGCAAUCGGAGCUGACGUACGACCUGCAGAAUUACGAGCUGAGGGUUCACCAGGCUCGGGGCGAGAACGAGCGAACCUUCGACGAAUUUCUGGAGCGCGAGAAGGAGGUGGCUGUGGGCCUCGUUUACGAGAAAACUGGUCGAAAAAUCACCGACAAGAUAAUGGACGUUUUGACGCAUCGCCAGAUGGCCCGCACCAAGGUGUUGGCUCGCGGUCGCCGCGGCUACAUAUUCCUUCAGCAUGUUCUGGAGGACCUGAUGGCGCGGCUGAGGUUCGCAGAAACUUUGGGGGAGGGAAUGACCACGAUGGACUACGAGGUGCUGCACGUGGCUAACAUCGGCUACAAGGACAGGCUGGACGAGAGGAAUCAAGAGUUGGAAAAGCUGAGGAUCAAGUACGUCCACCCAACCGUGAACAGAAUCGCGGAGACGGUGAACGGAGUAGCCCAGUACAAAGAGAAAGAGGUGUGCUUGUUGGAGGACAUAGACUACGAGGACCGAAGCCUGGCGGAUUAUCGCGAGGCGAACACCAGGGCCCGGGAAAGGGUGAAUCAGCUUCACUUGAUGUUGAACGAAACACGGGAUCAAUUCAACGAGAAGAAGGUCGAGGCUGGCCUGAUGGUGGCUCGUGGUUCACUUUUGUAA